GUUUCCCUUUGCUCCUUCGACGUUGCCCAACUUCUCGUGUCUCCACAUUCGUCCCACCGGCUCCCCAUGUGGCCGUCGCUGGCGGACUGGAGAUGCUGCACUAUGUAUUCCCACUGGCUCGCAAGUUUGCACUUAGCUCACACUCCUCGUUCAGCCUACCUUUUAGAAUCCCCGCCCGACUAAUGAUCACCGCCCAAGCCCGGCAGCUAACAACGACUAAACCCCCUUCACCGUGCGAGCGUACAGCACACGAUGAAACCCUUUUUCGCUUCACCCGCGGCCGAUUCCUCACUGACGAAGCGAGUGAAUUGGCCAAGCGACACAUCCGUUUUGACGUUGAUGAGCUCGCCCGCUUAGCGGUUCGGGCUGCAGAGGCUGCAAGUAAUGGGCCGCGAACGUGUAUCGGCACUGAGAAAAUGGCAGACGGGAUGCACAAUAAGGCUAUACGCUUCACAAUGGACAAUGGGUUCCAAGCGGUGGGCAAAGUGCCGAACCCGAAUGCUGGGCUUCCGCACCUAACCACUGCCUCGGAAGUCGCUACUAUGGACUUCAUGAGCAACGUCCUCGGUACGCCGGUCCCCAAAGUUCUCUCGUGGAGUUCUUCCACCGACAAUCCUGUGGCGGCGGAGUACAUCCUAAUGGAGAAUGCACGCGGCGUACCACCGAGUAACCUGUGGGACAAACUUGGCGUACCGGUUAAGUUCAAGGUGCUUGAAAAAAUCGCCUCCUACCAGAAUCUCUGGUCCCAGGUUUGCUUUUCGCAGUAUGGGAGUCUGUACUACCGAAGUGACCUCGACCAGUCAAGUCCCAACCUCCAGUACACGGAUAAGGUUGGGAAUCACGUCGUCGAUGAGAGGUUCACUGUUGGGCCUUCGGUGAGUCGGCAGAAUGUCGAUGAUGGCAGGGCAAAGUUGAAUUUUGACCGAGGCCCGUGGGAUACCGUAGACGCUUAUGAACGGGCAACUGGAGAGCGCGAAGCUUAUUGUAUCAGAAGUAUGGAGCAACUGCCACGAUCGCCCAUUGCUAUCCAUUAUUCGGGGACGUACCAGCCGUCGCGCGAGACAAAGCUUUUCGCCAUCGAGAGCUACCUCAAAGUGGUAACUUUCUUACUACCCGAGGACGAGGAGAUAUCUGCGUCCUGCAUCUGGCAUGAUGACUUGCAUGUCGAGAAUGUCUUUGUCAAUCCAGAGGAUCCAACAGAGAUAUACGCCUUCAUUGAUUGGCAAUCUACAGAACUCGCCCCCCUAUACAAUCACACCAUUGAACCGUAUAUCCUAGACUACAAUGGCCCACCACUCAAAGGCCUCCUCGACCGACCGAAGCUCGUCGAUGUCAAAGCGCUGUUCCAGGACGAACCCGACCAAGCAGUCGCAACCCGCAAAGCGGAGUCGUUAUUUACUAGCAUGUCUCUGCUCGCACUUUACAAAUAUCUCCUGCACAAAACGAUGCCCCGGUUGUUCAAGGCUCUCGAGUUCCGGCAGACAGCCUGCUUCGACCUACUUCUGUUCGCACGGAACCUUCUUGUCGACGGCGAGGCUACCUAUCUCGGACUCCUAGCCGAGCAGCAAGAGGAGAAUUGGGCUGGUGUCCCGAGGAUAUCGAGGACUGGAACAAAGGCACCGCUUACGUUCUCGGACGAUGUCCUCCGGAAGAUCAAACGUGAUAGCGCAGGCGCUUCGGCAGCAAUGGCGCUGAUGGGAGACGUGCAGCGCAUGAUCGGCAGCCAGUAUUUCCAGGCCCGGGGAUUGGUGAGCCACGCACAAUUCGUGGAGCUCGAGCGAAUCCUUCCCAAGGCGAGAGAUGACUUUGUGCGGGCGCAUGCGCGCAAUGAGAAAGAAGAGCUGGAGCUCUCUCGCGCGUGGCCGUUUGAUUUACCGGAUCGCAGCGCCCCAUGAAACGCAAUAGCAGCUUUGAACCACCGAGCUCAUUUCAAGUGACAAAAUUAGCCUCAGGUCACGGCAUUGGUGGGACCAGAGCUGCUCCUCCAAAUGCGGAUUAAACGAUACAACAAAUGGCUCGCACCGGGAUAAUGGUGAGAAGGUUGCCAAAGAUGGCGAGGAGUAUAAGCGGUUCAAGUAGCGAAUUAAUAAGAACGCGGGAAACAUGUUACUAAAAGAGUUGGUAAACAAAGAUUCCCAUAAAGUAUAGACUAAAGCGGAUCUUCUACGUACUUUGGAUGUGCCAACCGCGAAAGAGGCAGUUGAGCAGUUGUUUGAAGAGCUAAAGAAAAGCAUAAAGGAGUAUGGUACAGGGAUAUUCUUCUGAUGGUGUGAAUAGUCAGCUGUGGAGAUGGAAACGCUUGGUAUUUCCUAUCUCAAGGGAAGACCAAGCAGGAAGAUCAUGGAUACAGGGGAGGGAAGACCUGUUCCGCAACUUCCGCCACCCUGGCUCACUCAUCCAACUUCAGGAAUUUCCGAAUCCUCCCAAGAAGUCUCCAGCUGGAGUGUCAGAAAGUUCAUCAUCAACCCAGUCAGGGCAGUUUCCCCCCUCAAAGUCAAUUAGGCACGCGUCGCCAUCCU